UCUGAUAUUGUCUGAAAUAAUCUAAGAAUUUAAUAUACUUGGUAAUUGUUUUUGAUAUUAGUAUUCAAGUAGUAAUAUGUAUUUAUCCCAUGUUUUUAUACACAGCCUUUACCAGCUGAUUGUCGACUACACAGAUGGAAAUAUACCAACUACUCCCCCUCAAAAUACCGACCUAGGACAGAGUUCUGCUAAGAAGAGAUUACCUUCUUCGCAUACUGGGGCAGAAAACAUCAAAGAAAAGUUGCAAUUGUCCGGCAAGGACGACAAAGAAGAAACGGUUGUUGAGUUGGGAACCACCAAUGGCAGCCGCAUGGAUCUACUGAAGAAUGUUGAGCAGAAGAGUAAGAAGAUUCGAUCGGAUUUAGUGGUUGAGGUUUCACCGAGUAAUGAAGAUAUCUCUGUCAUCAGCGUUUCACCCAAACGUGACAUUGAUGAUUCAAGGCCUCCAUCAGAUGAUGACUUAGCUCUUCCUCCCAAGAGUACCUCCGAGAUUCAACUACGGAGCCAUGUUGGUCAUUUAUCUGGAGCUGCAGGUCUAAGAGAAAAAAAUACAUUAAAUGGACAAAUAGAAAAUUCUACUGAAAAGUAUCCUCACCUGAAGCCUGCAGUUGGAGUGAAAGAUUCUGUUCCUAAAAAAACAGGAGCAAUGAAGAAUUUUCAAAGAUUCAAAUCAGCAGACCUAGACUUAGAAAGGACUUCUGAGGAAGAGGAAGAAAGACGUGAUGGAAGGGAAAAUAGCCACUCACAGGUCAAAGAGCAGAUGAAUUCUCUGGAUGGCCUCGAUGACUUACCUCGGUCACCGGGGACAGCUUCCGAGGAUUGCGAGUCGCUUUCCCCUAAUUAUAAGAACACCCUGAGGCUAAUCGAGCGACUUAGCCCGGAGAGUAAAGAUUCUGAUAAGUUAUUGAAAAUUCAGGAUCCAGUUGAUUCAUUCCGAUCAAUAGAACUUAAAGAAUCUGACUGCACACAACUUAGAGGAGAACUUAAAGAAAUGGAAAAGAAGGUGAACUGGCUACACACAGAGCUGCUGAAAACAAGAGAAGCAAAAUCACAGUUAAAACUUCAAAAUAUGGAGUGGGAACGAGAGCUCCGCCACAUGAGAUUCACAUUAGAACAAGAAACAAAGAAGAAGAAAAAUGCUUAUACAUUAUAUGAAAAACCUGAGGAUGAUUUAAAAAGAAAAGAGAAACAAGACAGUGAGCAAGUUUUCCUGAAGCAACAGAUUGAAAGCACUGCCCGAGCACUAGAAUGCAAACCGAAGGGCGUAAGGAGUAAACCAAAUCAGGUUUUAGAAGAGCGAAAUGACGCUGAGAGACAACGUUCUCGAGUGCAGAAUGCCAGAGUAAUACAAGAUGACAUCCUGGCCCAUCAUCUUUCCCAACAAAAGGAGGCAGAAAAGGCUAAUAAGGAAAUGAAUGCUGAGGACACGAUGGAUUUUAAGCUGUCUGACCCAAAAGAUAGCAGCGAGGUGCUUCCUCAGCAACUUCCUGAAGCUGAACGUCAAUUCCGUGGCCCAGAAAUUGAGCUCCAUCCCAGGAAAGAUGCUCUUAGACCAACGACGUUGUUAUUAGAAUGCGUGCAUAGAGACCGAGGCCAAGCCCAGCGUUCAAACAAAGAAACUGAACCCUUGUCUCAGAGCAAACAAGGGGAAUUCAGCAAAUACACUGGAAAGCAGGCGUUCUUGAAGGAGACAAUAUGUAAACUACAAAGUGAAAACACGUUGCUUCGACAGCUACUGGAAGUUGCUCAAAAUGAAGGCAGAAGCGAAAAGACAAUACUUAAUGCCCCACAGCUGUUUCUGGAUCACAUGGGAAAACUUGAAGCCAUGAGCAGACGAGUCCUGAUGCUGGAGGAAGGAAACAAGGAGUUAAUCGAUGAAUGCAGAUGUUUAAAGCACAGACUGUGUCAGUAUGAAACAGACAGAGCAGAAAUGGAAGCCCAUAUGAGACAGCUUCAACAAGAACUGACUGACACCCGAAAGAAAGUGUCGAUGUUGGAAGCGUCCCUGGAGGUGACAGCACAUCAUAAGUCUAAUUCAGAAAACAAGAGACGGGAUGGAGAGAGGAAGUCACAUCAAACUGCGAAUCCAAAUGCUGAUCUUCCAGCAAAAGAGGAGUCUACAUCUUCAGUAGUUCUCCAUCUGAGUGCAGAAACUCAGCUUCUUCUAAAGGAGUUGUUACCUGUGAAAGAGAUGCAAAGGAAAUGUGAAGCACUAGAGGAGGAGAAGAAGAAGUUGGAGGAAGAAGCAGUAAAUCUGAGACGUCACCUCGAAAUGAACCCAGUGGAACGCAGCCAAGUGGAGCAUUACAAACGGGAGCCUGGAGAGCAAGCAAGACGGGAUGCAGUAGAAGCACUGAAAGAGCUCAGGCGGGCUGUGCAGCACGGACAGGAAACUGAAGAACAAGCAAGACAUGAUGUAGUAGAGAAACUAAAAGAAAUCAGCCAGUUUUUACAGGCACAAGCAGGAUUUCAAGAAAACGUGUUGACAGAGUAUAAGCGUGCUUCAGUUAGUCAAACGGAACCCAGAGUUAAAGAUCUGGAGCCUGAACUUAAAAGUGAUUGUAAUGAAAACAAAUUGGAAAAAUACAAACAACUAUACCUGCAAGAGCUAGAAAAUAGAAAGUCUUUGGCAAGUGAACUUACCUCGGUUAAUGAGAGGCUGGCCGAGGUGAGCACUAAGCUUCUGCUGGAGAGACAGCACAAGAGCUCUUUCCCUGGCUUUGUUCCUGCAAGGCCUGUUGGCGCACCACCUUCUGCUGCAGGUACUAGCGUGGAGGCCAAAAGGAGUCCUACUCGAAGAAGGCGCUUCAGGACUUUUUCCGACCCUUCAACUAACUUGAGCGUUCCCUUGUUCCGGAUGCGGAAGUAGUUGGAGAAUAAUACAGAUAAAGAAUUAAAAGAAGCUACUACUGAACUUGGAUCUAAGUCCUAGAGACUCUCUCACAGCCUUGAUGGACGAAUCAAGUCUAAGUCCAGAUCUGGUUUCGAAAGCACGUGAAGAAUAUGUGGAGAUUUUGAAGAAUAAUUAUAUGAUGUGCAAGAUAAAUAGUAAACAUUUACCUGCUGGGCUGUUUGCUUAACAUUUUAUUUACUUUCCAUUAUGUAAGAUACUGACCCUGUUUAUUAAGGGAAAAUACUCUUGCAUUCUAUGGGCAUGAUUAAAAUUGAUGUAGUAUUUUAAA